UAUAGCUGUAGUUCCAAUUCCAUUAUUCACUAAAUUGGUAACUAAGUUUCUAAUAAAUCGAAUACCAAUUGAUGAGGUAUUAUUAAUACCAUUUACUGUACUAUUAGAAGACGUACCUGAGUUAGGCGCAAAUAAGUUUGUAAUUUUAUUAUUAAUUACAUCUAACCUUGUAGCGGUAGCUGCUGAGAUACUCAUUCCACGUGUAGUAUUACUAAUACCUGUUACUGCUAAAGUAGCGGCAUUGGAAUCAAUAAUAUUAUCUUGGAUAAAACAUAGUGUAGCUAUAGAAGGCGAACCCGUAGUAAUACCUGUAAUCGAAGACGUUCCUGUAAUUGCAGCCGUAACACCCGGAUGUACCGAGAAUGUCAAACGAUCAAUAAUAUUAUUGAUUCCUUAA